AUGCCAACAACAAUUGGUCAAAAUCCUUUAAUUCUAUCAGUAACAUGCAGAAAUUACGGUAAAGUAUUACUACGAGGUCAAUUAGAUGAUUGUGUUCCGGAAAAUUUUCGCUGCUUUCUAAGAAAUCCAAUUGUUGUUAAUUUGACUGAACUUGUCUGUAUUAUGGAUGGUGAAAAUGCUGCAAACAAACCGCCAUUGGUGUCAUGUAUUGUGACCGGAAAUGUCCCGUUAAUGAAGGAAAAAUGUUCGGAGGAAGGAGAUUGUCAUUCGGUAACGGUAUCUUGUCCAAUUGCAAAAAAAAUGGAUGAUGGUAUCAUUAGUGAUAACGAUGUAGUAGAACAAGAAGAGAAUAUUAUCACUGAAAAAGCAUUACCCCAUCCUCCACUACAAUCAAUUUCUACACCAGAAGGUUAG